UCUCUCUGACUUUCUCAUAACUAUUUGUGCUUUGAACGUCGUAAAAAGAUGAUCGGUUUCAUGGCACAGAAUUUUGAAUUAAACAGAAUUCUAUUACUCAUUGUGGGUUUGUGGCCUUUACAACAAUCGAAUUUAACACGACUGCAGUUUAUUUUCAUGUCUGCUAUUAUGACAGCGGGUAUUAUAUUUCUGAUGAAGGAUUUAUUGAUACAACUUCAGGAUAUAUGUAACGGAUUAAGAGAUAAAAACGAAAUCGCUAUUAUGAAAAAAUAUAAUUACAUUGCAAGCCGUUACACAACUGCAUUCACAAUAGCAACCGUUUGUGGCAUAUUUGUUUUUAUAGUUAGCAUACUUUGGCAGAAUAUUAUGCAUAUUAUAUUACCAAAUGUAACUCAAUCAUAUCAACUGCCGUUUAAAAUGGAAUAUUUUAUCGAUCAAGAAAAAUAUUUCUAUUGGAUUGUGUUAUAUGUCAGUAUGGGAGUAUGUAUCGGGAUGACUUCAAUGAUAGGAAUAGGAUCUUUCCUUAUCAUGUAUCUUCAAUGUACCUGUGGCAUGUUUAGAAUUUCCAGUUAUCGUAUUAGAUGCGCAGUGCAUAUUAAUAUGCUAGAAAACAUUAAAUCGAGAAAAGAGAAUUUAAUAUUAGAAGGAAUAAUUAGUGCCAUAAAUAUACAUCGGCAAGCUAUGAAAUUAUCCAAACUUUUGAUGUCUAAAAUUGAAAAAAUGAUGUUCUGCAUAAUAAUACUUGAAGUGAUUUCUUUGAGUCUUAAUCUUUUUCAAGUUUCUCGGGUUGUUUCAUACGGAUAUGAUAUCAAAGAGUUGUUAAUUCCUUUUAUAUGUAUAACUAUCGUUAUCUUAAAUAUGUUUAUCGGCAAUUAUGUUGCACAGAAUGUAACGGAUCACAACAAUGACAUUUUUGCUACUGUGUAUGACGUCCAGUGGCAUGUAACACCAUUACAUAUACAGAAAGUAAUACUGUUUCUGUUGCAAAGAGGUACCAAAGAUUUCACCAUAAGCAUCGGUCGAUUAUUCGUCGCGUCAUUCGGUCAUUUUACUACGUCUCUUAUUUUACUGUUAUAUAUUCCACGCAAUAAUAAGACUUUUAGAACUUUCACUGAAAAAUUUGAGAACAAAUAUUUAGACAUAUCUCUAAAAAUAACUUACAAGAUAUUAUAACACAAUGGAAGAAACACUUUCCUCUUCUUUCGUGCAGCACUAUAAUUCGCAAAAACACUGUAACUUACUUAUUAUGCGAGAUUGUGUAAGAGCAUGUGGCACAUUGGCAGCCGGUACGAGUGUUCCGAAGUCAAAGAACAAAAGAAUAAAUCAUGCAUACGCAAUGGAGUGUAUACGCAUAUCCCACCGAAUGUUGCCUCUAUUAGGUGUCGUCAUGCCCGUCACGAGAAAGAAAUUAAGAUAUA